AUGAAGUUUGGGAAAUACCUCGCCCUGAGGCAGCUCGAGCUCCCGGAGUAUCUGGGCUACUUCAUCGACUACAAGGCUCUCAAGAAGUUGAUCAAACAGUUGGCGGGCUCCAACCAUGAGAACAACUUAUCGAUGGACGAGAUGCAACGAACGCUCAAAGAGAACAAGGCCAGUUUCUUCUUUAGAGUGGAACGUGAGCUCGACAAAGUCAACCAGUUUUACCUUGAGAAACAGGCCGAUUUGGCGGUGAACGUUGAUUUACUCUUGCGGAAGAAGCUGGAGCUUUUAUCGAAGGAGUACUCGCUGGCGUCGGCGAUGCGCCACCUGAUUUCCUACCUUAACUUAUACCAGAACUUCAAGAAGAUUCACCAGGACUUACUGAGACUCCAGCAGUUCAUUGAGCUUAAUGAAACCGGGUUUUCCAAAGUGGUGAAAAAGUGGGAUAAGCGACUGAAAAGUCACACUAAGGAGUUGUUUAUUCAGACUGCUGUCAGUGUACAACCAGUAUUCCACAAGAACGAUAUCAAUGAGCUCAGUGACCUGGUCACCCACUCCCUCUUUGAGCUUGAGCUGAUUAUGGAUGGCGACUAUCUGGCCGUGGCCAAUUACUCGUCAAAUAAUACUCUGCUGGUUCGUGGCAUAUCUCGUACCACUCCCAGCGCCGAACCACACCCACCAGCACUUCCUCAGGAUGAAAUUGAUCAAGUGUACGCGCUGUUUGUUACCAUUGCCACCGUCAAUGAUCCUGAUGUGAAGCUCUUAGCCCGGUGGAUUGAGAAUGUCAAGUCUCAGCUGACUCUGGUGGAACGCUUAUUCACCAGAGUGCUUACUCUUGCGGUGGGUAACUUGGAAAUCAGUGACCAGUUCUUCCGCCAGUUUUUGGAGAUGAUCAAUUGGGAAAUUGACUGGGUGGUGGUGCUGAGAGAUAACUUCAACCAAACGUUACUUCACCAGUGUUGUGCCAUUGCUCCACCAGUACUGGACCAACAUAUUGUCAUCAACAACGGGGUGAAAGUGGUUAACCACGGCGAACAAGUGAAGCAUCUGCGCAAGUUUAUGGUGGAGUACAUCAUGAAAAACGUUCCCGAAGAUAAGCUUCGUCAGUUACUUGUGGUGAAAGACUACAAUGGUCGCAUGUGUAUUCACUACGCUGCCCAUGCUCGCCGUCUCGAUUUGAUGGAAUUGAUUUUACCGGUGUUCCCUCGUGAAUUUGUCGAUGAUUUGGAUAAGGACCUGAUGAGUGCUCUCUUAGUGGCAAUCAAACACGGAGAGUUCCCGUUUGUCAAAUUACUUGUGGAGCAUGGAGCUGAUUGCUUCCCUCGUCUGAGCGAUACCAAACUUCAAUACUUGCCGGUUAACUAUGCUUGUAAAUAUGGCAACUACCCCAUCCUUGAGUUCUUAUUGUGCCAAACCAAAGACCCCGAGAAGAUCAAUCAACAAGAUGUUGAAGGGCUCUUCCCUCUUCAUGUUGUUUCUCGUCUGGGCCACUUCCGCUUGAUCAAAUUGUUAAUGCCAUUCGCUGGUGAAGCCAAUAUUAAUCGUCGUGAUGGGCUUAAUAAGUGGCCUCCGUUAUUCUACGCCGCCCUGGAAGGUCACCUGAAGACUGCAGAAGAACUUGUGGCGUGUGGGGCUCAGUUGGAUGUGGUUGACGAUGACGGCUACAACGUGCUUUACUACUGUGUGGUACAAGGGCACAUUGACAUUUUGAACAAACUUUUAACCUACGCCCCGUUCUGCAACCAACGCAAUCUGCACCCUGGAGCGUCCAUGCUGCUUGACAUUUUGGAGGACCCCGACUCUGAAGACGCUACCAGUCUUGAAAAAACCGAUGGCAUCCCGGACUUGAAACUUCCCCCGCCCAUUCUUCCCCUUCGUCGUUAUGGCCAUAACUUCUUGGAACAGAAAGUAUUGAUUGAGGUGAUUUUCCCUCGCGAUCGCCUGGAUUUCAUUCGGCUUUUCGACUCGCUGACUAACCUCAAACCGGGGCGCAUUACUCUCGUCAGUAACAACUUGGAAUCGAUCCCGCGUAAUGUUCUUUUGCCAGUAGGUGAAGAACGGACACUGGUGUUUCAAGCUGAUGUCGAUGCUCUUGCUGACUUCCGCAUUGACUUCGAGAUAUUCCCGAAGUUCGGGACUCGUCUCAUUGCCAAGACACUGGCGCUUGAAUUCGCUCAAGGAAACAGCUUUGGCGAGGUUCACUUACCUCUCUUUGACUUGAGGCUUAAAAAUAUCGGUGAACUUCGUCUUAAUUACCAGGUAAUCUACCCGUUCAGCGGUCUGCUUCUUGAAACCCUGAAGUUUGACACCUACUGGAAACUGCUGACCAAUUUCAUCAAGAACCGCCAGCUGCUCAAAUUGAACGCUGCUGGGGUGCUCCUGCCGAACAACUUCUUAAGUCCGCCGAUGCCUAAGAAAGAUGGUGAGAUGGUGGUCGACGUUCCGGUGACGGCGCCGCCGCUGCUGGUAGUCACCGCUACCUCCCUCUCUGGCGAGUAUCUCCGGAUUAAAGUGUGCUUGCUUAAUGACGGCACCCCCGUGGUGUGUCCUCAUUGGCUGAUUUCCAUCACCGAAAGCAUCGAGCUUUACCUCCCCAACUUGAAGCUUGAACAAUUGACCCUGAUCACCAACAACUUAUUUGACUACGAACGCGUACUUCGCGACUUGUCUGCGAUGGGGGCCGACGACAUUGGGCUCAUCAAGAAGUUGUUGCGCAUUAUUUAUUUGCCCCUCACCACGGUGCUUAAUGUUGUCCACCCGCAAAUCAACUUGAACCUUGAGUUUGUGUUCCCGCUGCAGUACGAGAUGAACCAGCUUCCGUUUGUCUCCAACAUUCUGCAGCAAUUGAACCUGUUUAUCGACUUAACUUUAACGCUGGUGUUUGACCAUGUGCGCAGCCAAGUGGAGGCGAACCACCCUACUCGCUCGAUCAUCUUCUUGCUGAGCAACUCGUUGGUGUGUAAGAUCCUCAACUGGAAACAGCCGAACUUCCCCGUGUUCUUGUUGAUGAACGGCAUCCUGUACUCGGCCAAGACCCACCAGUUCGUGAGCCGCACCACCAACGGGUUGCCGUGGCUGGAACAUUUGCAUGACCCGCGCCGGUCGGUGUCGGGCGACGCCCCCCAGAUCCUGGAGGUGGCAUACGCUCAAGAGUUGCUGAUUCGCCUGAUCAAGGAAGCAGUCAACUUCACCAUGGCCAAUAACUUGAUUGGUCUUGUCUGUCUGAUCCACUUGCUUGAUCUUGUGCCUAAACUUGUCCCGCUUAUCCGCUCCAAGGGGUUGUUGUUGGUGGCCCUGAGCGACUAUAUUGGUGGUGAUGAUGAGAACGAAGAGGCUCAGAUCCAGAUGGAGUUGGACGCGUAUACCCGCACCGAUGUAAACGGGCUCCGCUUCGACGACGUGUUGAGUUUCAAGGGCGAUAUUUGUAUGUAG